AUGUUAUACUUCUUAAAAUUACAAAAAUGUAAUAUAAAAUCUAUGAUAUUUACAUUGUUUGCUAUAUGUUGUUGUGUUUCGUUACAUUUAUUCUGCGUCAAUUACAUACUGAAUAUUGCCGACGAUAUCAACUCUGUAUUUGCAUCAAAACGCUAUAUAAUUAGAAAAUCAAAAGGCACAAAAUAUAUCCUACUUUGGACGGAACACCAGGAUUAUCUUUUACUCAAAGACAAUGAAAUUAUAUUUCCAAGUCGAAAUUGUUCAAUAAGUAAUUGUAUUUUCACAAAAGCUAAAGAUCUCUUUGAUGAGGACUACACAAGAUUUGACGCUGUGCUUUUUAAUGAAGCGAUUCUGAACUCUAAAAAUAGACCUCUGAAGCGAAAUGAUAGUCAAAUAUAUAUAUUUCACACAGUAGAAUCCUCAUACAAUGUUCCAGCGUGUGAACUUUUUAACGAUGGAUUUUUUAACUGGACCCUAACAUACCGUUUGGAUUCAGAUAUUACGUGGAGUUACUUUGUAGUAAGAAAUCGAAAAGGCAAAAUCGUCGCUCCUAGUGAGAAGAUAAAAUGGCGUAGGAGUUACAAGGCCGUGAGUCCUAAAAUUAAGAGCAUAUUGAAUGGAAAACAAAAAGCGGCUGCCUGGCUCGUAAGCCAUUGUAAAGCAGAUAGUUUAAGAGAUGAAUAUCUAACGAGACUUCAGGAACAUCUCUUCCAUUUUGAUUUAAAAAUUGAUGUAUACGGAAAAUGCUCUGAAAGUAUAUGUCCAAAUGAUGACUGCGAUAAAAUGAUAAAGAAGGACUAUUAUUUUUAUAUGGCGUUUGAAAAUUCUCUGGCUGAUGAUUAUGUAACUGAAAAAGUGUUACACGGUUACAAUAAUUACGCUGUUCCGAUUGUUUAUGGUGGAGCUAACUAUAGCAGAUUUCUGCCCGUCGGUUCGUACCUAAACGCUCGGGAAAUGCACCCAUACAAUUUAGCAUUUGCUAUGUACAAAGCCAUGCAGAUACCAACGGUGUAUCAAUCAUACUUCCUAUGGACGAACCUUUAUUCUAUCAGCGACGACUUCAAAUCGCAUCAUCCUCUAUGCAAGCUAUGCUCUGCGUUACAUCGUGGGGAUAAGUAUCCGUAUAAAGAGAAGUUCAGAUUGUGGUGGAAUGGUCUUAAUGGGAUGAAGUGGUGCCUAUCCAAUGAUUACUGGAAUGAAACAUCUAAUGUUAACCUUGACGCGAAACAUGUUUUUAAUUUUUAU